AGCAGCCGGAGCGUCGCGGCGGCAGCAGCAGCACCAGCAGCAGCAGCGUCUGUUCAGGGCGGAUUACGUGAGCAGAGCAGAAGGCCUCCGUCUGAAGUCUGAGAGGGGGAGGGGAGGGAGGGGAGGCGAGGGGAGCGCCCCGGCCCUGUUGCUCCUGCAGCCACAGGAGGAGGAGGAGGAGGAGGAGGAGGAGGAGCAGCGGGCCGCCAUGACUCACUUGCAGGCCGGCCUCUCUCCGGAGACCCUGGAGAAGGCCAAGGCGGAGCUGAAGGAGAACCCCGACACGCUGCACCAGGACAUCCAGGAGGUCCGGGACAUGAUCAUCACGCGGCCGGACAUCGGCUUCCUCCGCACCGACGACGCCUUCAUCCUCAGAUUCCUCCGGGCACGCAAGUUCAACCACUUCGAGGCCUUCCGCCUGCUGGCGCAGUACUUCGAGUACCGGCAGCAGAACCUUGACAUGUUCAAGAACCUGAAGGCCACCGACCCGGGGAUCAAGCAGGCGCUGAAGGACGGCUUCCCCGGAGUGCUCGCCAACCUGGACCGCUACGGCAGGAAGAUCCUGGUGCUGUUCGCCGCCAACUGGGACCAGAGCAGGUAUUCCUUCGUGGACAUCCUGCGGGCGAUCCUUCUGUCUCUGGAGUCCAUGAUCGAAGAUCCAGAACUGCAGGUCAACGGCUUCGUCCUCAUCAUCGACUGGAGCAACUUCACCUUCAAGCAGGCGUCCAAGCUGACUCCCAGCAUGCUGCGGCUAGCCAUCGAGGGGCUGCAGGACAGUUUUCCCGCCCGAUUCGGAGGGAUCCACUUCGUGAACCAGCCAUGGUACAUCCACGCCCUCUACACCGUCAUCCGACCGUUCCUCAAAGACAAGACCAGGAAGAGGAUCUUCAUGCACGGUAACAACCUGAACAGCCUCCACCAGCUCCUUCACCCGGAGAUCCUCCCCUCCGAGCUGGGCGGCAUGAUGCCGCCGUACGACAUGGGCACGUGGGCGAGGACGCUGCUGGACCACGCCUACGACGAGGAGGCCGAGUACUGCCCCGAGUCCUGCACGCUGUCAGUCCAGGACCUUGAGCGCGACUUGGAGAAGAAUCUGUCCCCCAGGACCAUGAAGAGGUCUCAGUCGGUGGUGGAACCCGGAGUCCUGAAACGACCCGACAGAACCAAGAGCGACGAGGAGAACACGCAACCUCUGCUGUCGCUGGACUGAACCUGCACACACACACACACACACACACACACACACACACACACACACACACACACACACACACACACACACACACGCUUCAGAUGAACUCCAGCUCUCAUCAGAAUGUAUAAAUGCUCUGAAUGGAUUAUUAAUCCUAAUAAAUGUUUUAUAGAGCUUCA